AUGCGCCUACAUCAACUUAUCGCUCUCUUAACGUUCGUCAGUGCCGCCAGCGCAACUGAACACCAUGCCCGUCUCGCAAGGAAAUACAUCUACCCCAGGGAUACCACGACACCCUCAAUGACAGCAAGUACUGGGACGUCCUCGUUGACAAUCUCUUCUGGUUCUGCCGCCACAUCCGCUGCUACCACGACAGCUACCACCACGACUGGCGCGUCCGCGACGGGCCCUCAGACUAACACUUGGGGAACUACCAUUCCCCCAUUGAGCCAGAUCACGUCGGGCAUGCCUUCACAGCCGACUCUACCGCUCACAGCUACAUACCCUGCCGGUGCGACGCCCCCGAUCUCGGGCGCACCUGCCUUGCCGACACCCUUCGUCUUCCAGGCCGCUAGCUGGCCACCUCAAGACCAGAUUGCCCCCACUGAUUCAACUGAGGUGGCGGAAUGGAUGCAGGAACUUGAUGGCUUCGAUAUCCCGGAUAUUCCUCCCACCGCGGACGGUACUUGCGUCGGGGACCCCGCUGCAGCUGCGGAUGCCGCCAGCCGUGGCUGGUGGACUUGCGGUGGUUAUACCCGUGAUACUGAUAUUGUAGCUUGCCCCGACAAAUUAACCUGGGGUGUUAGUUUUGACGACGGUCCAGCAUUUUACAGUAAACAACUACUUGAUUAUCUAUCUUCAAUUAACGUUACUUCUACUUUCUUCGUGGUCGGUUCGCGUGUUGUAGAGCGCCCUCAAGUGCUUGUUGAGGAGUACAUGACUGGCCACGAGAUUGCUGUGCAUACUUGGUCGCAUAGACCGCUCACUAUGCUUACUACCGAGCAAGUUGUCGCUGAAUUGGGUUGGACACGUAAAGCUAUCAAGGAGGUCCUUGGUGUAACUCCAACCCUGAUGCGCCCUCCUUACGGAGACAUCGACGAUCGUGUCCGUGCUAUAUGUCUCGCUAUGGGUAUGAUUCCCGUCAUCUGGACUCGAACUCCAUCUGGUGCGACGUUUGAUACCAAUGAUUGGAAAGUUGCUGGUGGCGUUGUGAAUGGCUCGCAAUCCUUUGCCACAUUCCAGGCUAUCCUAAAUAAUGCAACUCUCCUCGACACUGGUUUUAUUGUCCUGGAGCAUGAUCUGUACCCUCAAACGGUUGACCUUGCUAUCGGCUAUACCCUCCCCGCAGCCUUGAACUUCACUCCUCACCUAACGAUGGACUCUAUUGGUUACUGCAAUAACAUCCCGACUACGAACCUGUACCGUGAGACUAACCAGAACACCAGCUUCCCCUACUCAAACAGCACGAGCGGCGACUCCUCAGUUCCAAGCGGCUCAGGUGGAACGUCUGCUAGCAAGAGUAAGACCAGCGGAAGUAUCCCAGCAUUGAACAUCGAUGCAAUCCCAAUGACGAUCAUCGGCACUGCAGUAAUGGCAGCUGUCGGUGCUCUGUUGUUGCAGGUGUGAAGUGUCGUCUCGAUAUAACGGCUGCAUUGCCUAUACCUUUUUUUUCGUAUUGAUGCUAGUAAUGAAUCCCUGGACGGACUCUAGGCUAUAGUGCUCGCCGAGCGAUCGUGUGUGAAUAUAACU